UCAGUGAAUGAAGUUGAUGAGGGGAUAAAGGAUGACGUUCUGAAUGAAGAAGCGAAAAGGGUCGUGCUUGUCUUGACAUGGGAUAAAGUUUAUCAGAAACAAACAUUUGUCCUGAGCACUGGACAGCAGGGAGAUCCGUUCAAAUGGAAUCCAGUGUGUUGAUCGCUGGUUCUAUACUGGUCGGAGCCCUGCUGGUCGUGGUGGUCGCGGCACUGGGCAAAGCAGGGAGAGAAAAAAUGAGCAGGCAAACAGAAUUUAAUGAAACGGAUGACGCGCAAGAGCCCGAGGCGGCGACGCGGCGGCAGCGCCCCCCAGCGGACAGAGCGCCGCAGCACGCGUUCCGGCACGCGCUGCUGGCGGCCUCGCUCCAGGCCCACUGCGCCAACGUCACCUGUCUGGACUUCAGCAGCAAUGGCAAGUACUUGGCAUCGUGCGCUCGCGACCAUACCGUCCGGAUCUGGAGCACCAAGGACUUUCUGGACCGCGAUCAUCGGCGCUUGUGUGCCGACGUGGAGCGUGACCACGCCACCCUUGUCCGCUUCAGUCCCGACUCGCGCGCCUUCAUCGCCUGGCUGGCCAACGGCGAGACCGUUCGCGUUUUCAGGAUCGGGAAACAGGAUGAUGGCUCCUUUGUUUUUGAGGCCUCUCCCAAUGACUUCCCCCGACAGCCCAAGGAAAACAUCGUAAACAUUGGCGUUGCAGAGACAGGAAAUUUCAUUAUGACAGCAUUCAGUGACACUACCAUCUUAAUCUGGGACCUGAAAGGUGAGGUGUUGGCUACAAUCAACACCAACCAGGUUGCCCUUUCCUACGCCAGCAUCUCUCCUUGUGGCCGGUUUGUAGCCUCCUGCGGCCUCACCCGUGAUGUUAAGGUGUGGGAGGUAUGCUUUGGUGAGAGCGGUGAGUUCAGAGAGGUGGUGCGUGCUUUCGACCUCAAGGGCCACUCCACAAACGUUUACGCUUUUGCGUUCUCUGAGGACUCCUGUAGGAUGGUGACCGUGUCCAAAGAUGGGACGUGGAAACUCUGGGACACCAACGUGGAGUACCGGCAACACCAAGAGCCCUACCUGCUACGAACAGCGGAAUGCCAGGUGUCGGAGGGCUGCCGCAUCGCCUUAUCUCCAGAUGCACGGGUGAUGGCAGUUUCCAGUGGCCACAGCGUGGCCAUGUUUAGCACAGACAGUGGGGAGCUGGAGGAGGAGUUCUAUGAUGUUCAUAGUGAGGUGGUCAGGGAUUUGAGGUUUGACCUCAGCAGUCGCUACCUGGUGUGCAGCGGUGACCACAUUGUCCGCGUGUUCCACAACGCACCAGGCUAUAGAGCUGUAAUCCGGGACAUGGAAGCCAUGCUGAAGAAGGCUUCCACUGAGGACAUGCACCAGAGAUUGAGGCAGCAAAUCCGGGAUGCUCAAAGUGCACUGGAAAAUCUGUAUGCAGCAACCAAGAAUUAUACACACAUACACACAGACUGUCUGUAA